GGACGGCAUGAGUUUCGUGGUCUCGGAGCGGGAGGCGAGACAAUCCGGGGAAAUUCAUUGCGACACCAUCUGCUACGACGGCCAGCCCAUCGACGUCAACGUCGAAGGCAACACACUCGCCAAGGCCUUGCACUACUGCAAGAAGCACGCCUACUCAGACGACCAUGCAGACGACCAUGACCUCCGCGCCUGGGACGCCAAGUUCGUCGCCGACCUAGAUCUCGAGACACUAUACGAUCUCACCCUGGCUUCCCACAAACUUGAAAUCCAAGGCCUGCUUGCACUCACCUGUCAGACUCUCGCCAAUAAGAUCAAGGGCAAGUCGCCCCAUGAGACCUGUCAUGUACUAAACAUCAGGGGUGUCUUCACUCCGGAAUUACAUCAAGAGCAUUCAAGUGAAUCUUGCGCUAGCCACACGGUUUUAGCCGCUAUGAAAAUCAACGCAAAUUGGUGGCACCUAGAGCGAAAAUUGGUAGAUAAGGCGUUACGGGCUCUCGACAUAGUUCGUCGCCAAGACUUCACCGGAUACGAGCCCAAGAUCGAUGGUUUAGUACGUCAUCGAUUCAGCGACUUCAACCUUGCCUUCUUCGACUUAGAUAAAGAGACUAGCUUUUCCCGUGGCCCACCGCUUAAUAACAAAACACCAACGAGUAAGGGAAUCAGAUGUUGGCUUUCCGGUUGA